AAUAUAUGUACAUAUGUGUUGCUAAGAGACCCACCUGUAUCUUUUCAGCGACUUCAUUUGUCUUAUUUUCUCUCUCUCCGUCCUUUUUCUUCCUCCAAGGUUACUUUCUAGAUUUUCAAAGUCAAAUUUCCUCAAGCGAAGAAAGCAAGAAAAUACUCUGACUGAUAGGCUUCAGCAAAAAAUGGCACAAAAACUGGGUAUACAUGUAAUAACUACGGACACAGCUGACUGGACUUGUAAGAUACAAGUUGUAGAUAUAUGUGGACCAGGUGAAAGUAAUGUAAAAAAGAUAAAAUAUCUGAACAUGAUUGUUCAAGAUGAACAGGAAGAUCAAAUAAAAGCAAUUGUUUAUGGAGAUGACAUCCCCAUUUAUCAGAGUCUGAUGAAACUUUAUCAUACCUACUGGAUAACGGGUGCACGCAUACAACUACCAAAUCUGAAAUAUGAAAGUCCAUUACAUGCAUUUGAAUGGGUUCUCGAUAAAAAGCAUUGAUCCAAUUGAAAAGAAUGCUGAAGAUGCGUUGCCGCCUCCUACAAAGCUUAAUGUUACCUCCUUCUUAGAUAUUAAGGAUCAGGCCUUCCAAGAUAUCAAUAAUACUCUGACUAAAAAAGAAUUCAACAUACUUGCAAUUAUUGUCAACUGUUCCCCACCAAGAUAUGUUGCGAGUGUCGACAAAAGAUUGCAAGAGCUCAUUGUUAUUGAUACCCUGUAUAUCAUUGACAACAAAGUUAGCACAACAAUACAAAUUGAUCCACCUUAUUCACAGUGUCAACAACUACAAGAAUGGGUCGCACAAAACAAAGAAACCCUUACCUCUUUCACUAUGCGGAGUACAUCCAGAUCUGGAUCUCUCAUCUUUGUUUUAAUGAAUGAAGUAGUGCCAAUUGCAAACAUUCAAUCCCAGGAAGACGGAAAGGCAUUCUACAUUGAAGCAAAAAUAUCCUUCCCAAAUAGCCUCAGGUCUUUCUGUGUUUUGAAUUGUUCAAGCUGUGGACAAGAAGUACGCAGUACGACCAAGAGAAAAAUUCACUGCAUGAAUUGUAAUAAGCAGAGUAUGUUGGUUCCCAGGUGUCGAUUUGAUGUGAAUCUCAAAGAUGCCUCUGGGUCAGCAACUGGGAUGAUUAUGGACAAAGAAGGAAAAAACUAUUAUCUCUUACUGCAGCAGAGAUUUACGAAAGAGCUUCAGCUGAGAAUGACAACCUGCCUGUGGAAGAUUUCCAAAGCAAAUUUGACCAGAAGCUGUUCAGAAUUCAAGUGAAGAAGCCAUUUGGCCGUGCUUCAUCCACAUCAUCUUCAAAAUUGUAUAUCCAGUCAUGCAUUGAAAAGGAAAGCAUUAUUCAUUCUCUCCCAGCACCAACCACAACAUCAAUCAAUAUCAGCAAAAACAGUAAAAGGAAAAAAGAACAUGUAUCUUCCCAUGAUACAAAAACAAACCUGCCAACCGAACAAGGCGAAUCAGUCAAGAUGAAACAGAAACUGGAGCCAACAACUCCAGUGAAAAGGAAAUGAAGGUUAACCAACUAAUUUUGCAACCACUUUUGGCUUUCAUGGAACAAAGUUGUUUUGCAGGAAAAUGAAGUUUUGACUAUAACUUGCUCAAUUUUUGGCUUGUACAUAGAUUUCCAGUGACUUCUAUAGUCAUGGAAUAAAGAAGAUGAGCAUCACGUCGUUUGGUUCUAGCUAGAGAAGGACAGGCCACAUGAAUGCCCAGUAUGCACACAGUAUUUUGUGGUCAUGAAAGUUCCCAGGUCAUGAAAGAGUUUUAUCUUUCAAGAGCAUACUUAUGCUCAACUGCCAGAAUUCAGAUUUCAGCCCAACCUCAUACAAAUGUUGGAGCACCUACAAUCUUUGUACUUUUGUCUUUCCUGCAAACUACUCCUGUAACUUUGUUCCACAAAUGAAUGUAAUAUACUAUGAACCAUGUUAUGUUAAUAUUUAGUUUAAUCAUCUCUCCUUUAUUUGCA